AAGAGAGAGAAAGAGGAGGACGGAGAAACAACAGACAGGAAAGGAAGAAGAAGAAGAACAAGAAGAAAUAAUUCACAAAAACUUGAGAGGAGAAAAACAGAGAGCAACACCAGAACAACAGCAAAGACGGAGGAGGCGGAGAAGCGAGAUUUACAGAAGAAGAAUCUCCAUCUCCAUCUGGGCUUUCGUCGUCUUGGUGAAAUUUGCUGGAAAAUCCUCAAAGUUCUGUAAUUUACAUUUAAACAUCUCAUCGUAAGCUUCCUUCAACUGGUAUGGAGACGGAGGAAGAGAGGAAUAAUCAGAGAGCUUCAGAACCUGAGUUUUUCCUGCAGUGGGGGAACAGGAAGAGGCUCAGAUGUGUGAGAGUCAAAGGCUCGGAAAUCUCAGCCGAGAGAUUCAAAUUCAAUGGUGGCAUGUGCAGGACAAUCACAUCGUCUCGGAUUCAUCGCUUUGCGGUCUCCACUUCCGGAAAAGACAUCUCUGGUUUUCAAUCCAAUCGCCUUACCAGGAAUUCUGACGGGAACCGAAAGUCAUCUUCACCGGAGAAGGAGGAAAGGUACUACACCAGAAGAGGAUCUGUGGGUGUGGGAUCUGUGGGUGUGGAUGAGAGUUGUAACGGGAAUGGGAAUGGGAAGGUUAUGAUGGACGGAAACAAUGUUGAGGACCGGGGGCUUGUUUGGCCAAAGCUGUACAUCACUUUGUCGAGCAAAGAGAAAGAAGAGGACUUUUUGGCCAUGAAGGGUUGUAAACUUCCCCAGAGACCCAAGAAAAGGGCCAAACUCAUCCAAAGAAGCUUACUUUUGGUGAGUCCCGGUGCAUGGCUCACUGAUAUGUGCCAAGAGAGAUAUGAAGUUAGGGAGAAGAAAAGUACUAAGAAGAAAUCAAGAGGAUUGAAGGCUAUGGGGAGCCUGGAAACCGACUCGGAGUGAUGGGUUGUUGAAGCAGAAGACUGUUUUCUUUGUUUUGUUUAGAAGAUGAAUGUGAAAUGUAUGUGGAGUGGUUAGGCUUUUGUUAGAGUAAAAGGGGUUAUCGUAAAUUACUAAAUUAUGUGUUGUAUACAACUGUGAGCAAUGUAUCAAUCAAUUCUUUUUUCGU